UAGUACUUUUCAUUAAAACAAAAGAAUAUCGUCUCUGCAUUUUCUCUCCCAAAGUGUUCUUCGUGAGACCCCUUCGGAAUCAUCGAUCUCUGUCUUCUUUGUCUUCAUCGAUCUCUGUCUUCUUUGUCUUCUUCGAUCUCAGGAACAAAUUAACAUGGGGCCGAAGACACGAGGAGGAAUGGUUAGAAGAAGCAGACGUUCCCAAGGUCUGGAAGCAGAAACAGAGUUCAUUGAGAUAACCAGAAAGAGUACGAAAAUGCGUAAGUUAAAUAAGGGAAAAGAAGUUGCUAUUGAAGAAGAAAACAUUGAGAUAAGGCAAGAAAGUGCUGACGAAGUCCCGACAAAGGUUUCUGAAGAUGUUAAUGAGGCGGAUGGUGAUGGUGAUGGUGAUGAUCCACAUGUGGAAAUUGAAGUUGAGAAUGUCAUUGCUGAAGAACAGUCUCAGUCUGAGAAUGGAGUUACUGAAGAACCUUCUCAGCCGAGAGAAGCUGACAUGGAAGCUGAAAAUGGAGUUACUCAAGAACCUUCUCAGCCGAGAGAAGCUGACAUGGAACCUGAGAAUGGAUUUACUCAAGAACCUUCUCAGUCGAGAGAAGCUGACAUGGAACCUGAGAAUGGAGUUACUCAAGAACCUUCUCAGCCGAGAGAAGCUUCCAAGGGUAUGGAUAAGAAGUAUAUGAGGAGUUCUUGUUGGAGUCUUCAUGGUGAGAGAAGGUCUGAUAUGAAUGAUAGUGUCCCUCAAUCAGAAACAGAGGCUUAUGGUUUGCUAAGGACGGCUUAUUUUGAUAGUGGUGAACCUGAUGAACCGCCUUCUGAUGACACUGGAGGAGAGCCUGUACAUGGUGAACCUGAUGAAGACUCGGAGUUUAGGAAGAAUUGA